UCGAACAACAGAUAUGGAAACACAACAUCGACACCAUCAGCAGACAAAGUCUUCAUACACACCGACAAUCAGGCCGCCAUCAGAUCGUCAGCCAAACCAAAGGGGAAGUCCGGCGCGUACCUUCUCAAGACCAUCGCAGAAAAGACACAAGCCCUCUGAGAGCAGGGACUCAAAGUCGAGCUCCGAUGGUCCCACCACGCGUGGCAAACCAAUUGGAAAACCGAGACGCGAGGGAGAACAUCGUUCCGUCUCACGCCGAAGCCGACGAAGGAGGUCCUCGAACUCCACGAAGGCCUCAGUAAACGCCAAAGCGCACUCUUGGUCCAGAUGCGCACGGAAAAGAUCGGGCUCCAGGAUUUCCUCUUCAACCGAAGAGUACCGGGCAUCACCAACGCCAACUGCCCAUGCCGGGAAGGACGACAAACGGAAUUCGGAACCCUCCCAGGACGACACAAUCUCCGGGUCAUACAGAACAAGCGCAAAGCAGCCGCCAAGGCAAUCCGAUUCAUAGAAGAGACCGAGAUCCUUGGGCAACACGGGAUCGAGUCGCACACCAGACGAGACUGUAGGUACGCUGAACCGUUGCACGAGGAGGAAGACCUCAAUGGAGCCUAGACAUGCAUGUACAUUAGCAGAGAACCGCGAACUACACCAGGUGGCAGCCAAGGGUAGUUGAGGUUGGAGAGCAAAGUGGGAAAUUUGGAGACAGCUGGCCAGUGUUUUGCACUGGC